GCACUCGAGCAAACACGCGCGGCCGGCCGCUCGGAGAUUCCUGGGAGCCACGUGUUGACUCUGAUUGGGCCUACACGAACUCUUGCCAUGGCUCGGAACCCGUGUGUCUGUAUGUUCACAUCAAUGUCAACAUAAGGACUGUACUAGUUAGGACGUGUAGACCGGCAAACAGCGCGGUCGCCCGGCCCGGCCCGGGGCGGCGGCGGCGGCGGGGGCGUCUGGACGGCGGCGAGCAAACGGAGCGUCGCGGCGCCGCUAUUGGCGAAGAGAGAAAUGCCAGUUGCAGAACGCAAUGAACUAAUGAAUUACAAUAGCCUAAUGAGACUUCAGAUGAUUAAGAAGCCAGACGACAAUAUUGAAUGCUUCUUUUUAACCAGCCACACCCAGUGCCGCAAUGACUCAAUAUGCCGCGCCACAAGGGUCACGCUUUCCUUGGGCCAAUCUCACUUUGACCAGAAACGUGAUCUGUCACGUAGCCAGGAAAAAGUAUUUAUAAAUAUUAACUUUUAG